AUGUUCGGUCCCUUCCGUCUCACAAACCCGCUGUCGGGCGGUCUUUUAUGGAAAGUCCCAUGGCGUCUCUCCCGCCACCAGAAAUACCGCCAACGCGAACGCCUUAGGGGUGUCGAUACCAUCGUCUCUACCGUUGAUAGCGCCCUUGCGCGCCUGGGCCAGAGCCUGAAGAAGGUGGAAAUGUGGAAGAAGGAAAUGCCGACGGAGCAGGAGAUGCUGCCCAAGGACAAAUACACAGUUUUCGACCGGAAAGUGAAGAGGUAUAGGAAGGGCAUUCACAGUAAGUGCGCCUUGCUGCUCAGGGUGGGGGAGUGGGGUUCAAGGAGCUCUAGAGGAAUUGGAGAGGAGGCGAUUAGUGUGUGUGCAUGA